AUGACUGUUGAGUUACGCAAGACAAAGUUCUCGGCACCCGUGAAGAGGAUUUUUGAUUCUCAUGGGACGCACGACUUUCAGCGGUCGCUGACGAUGUAUCGGUUGCAAUCGCAUCUGGAGCGGUAUCUUGGGUUGGUUCAUAACCAGGAGGUGCCAAAGGUUUCCACAAAUGGGUCGGUGUCGUCCUUUGUUUCUAUAUUCUUGGAUCGAUUCCUGGAGCUGAUCGACGAGACGCCACCAACGACGAAUACCCCUAGGCGGUUUGGGAAUAUGGCAUGUAGGGAUUGGCAUGCCAAGGUGCAGGAGGAGAUGGAUUCUUUGUGGAGAAGGUUUCUGCCUAUAGAGAGGGAUGCGGCAUAUGAGAAUUGUAUUAUUGAGUUGAGAUAUUAUUUGGGGAAUGCCUUCGGCUCCCCUGAGAGGUUGGACUACGGGACUGGACACGAACUAUCGUUUUUGGCUGUGGUCGUGGCAGUCGAUAUGUUGGGUCUGUGGGAGACAUCAGAGUCUGGGCACGGGUUAACCGGGACGGAUUUAUUAUACUUGUGGAACAAGUACUAUUCGAUAGUGCACAAGCUGAUUCUGACAUACACACUUGAGCCGGCAGGUUCUCAUGGAGUUUGGGGGUUGGACGAUCACAUCCAUCUUGCCUAUAUUAUCGGGGCGUCGCAAUGGUCUGACAAAGACCAGAACGCCCCUAUUCAGCUCUCGGACAUUUUGGACAUGAAGUCUUUGUACCAAUACGAGGACACGAAUCUGUAUUGCAAUUCAAUAGCGUUUGUGAUGAAGGUCAAGUCCGGGCCCUUUUCCCAGCACUCGCCCAUGUUGUACGAUAUUUCGCGCACUGUGCCUACGUGGUCCAAGGCCACUAGCGGGUUGAUCAAGAUGUAUCAGGUGGAGGUUUUAAACAAGUUUCCUGUUGUCCAGCACUUUUGGUUUGGCACUGGCUUCUUCCCCUGGGUUGAUAUGAAAAAGGGAAUGUCAUUACCAAACUACGAGCUUUAUUCCAAAGGGGCUUGCAAGGAGCGCGCUGUUGAUGGUGAUGCAUCUGAGGAUUCGACCACCGCGGUGCCAACAGCGACAGGCUCGUCUGGGAAGCUUACCACCAGCGCGGCUAUGCCUCCACCACGAAUGACAACAGGUUAUUCUCAUCACACUCCCUCGGGCCGUUAUACAGUGCCAAGAAGAUGA